GACCUUGAUCGGCCAAAAAGCUAGGUAACUGGUUUCGUAAGAGGAUAUAUGAUAAGGAAGAAGUCGAAUAACACAGGAUAAAUAGUUUUGGGAUUGCUAGCAAACCUUUAUGCUUAAUUAUUUGUCAUGACGAGUGAGAAAGGGUUAGAAUCAUUAGUUACGUAAUAUCAAAACAAACAAAAGAGGGGUAAUAGUGGCGAACUCGAGGAAAAAGGAGUGUAAAUUGUAAGCAAAUAGAAAACGUUUUAUUUUCUAUUUGAUGUGGUUUAUAUUAGGAAAAAUGACUAGCCUUAUGGGGAUAGGAGAAAAGGUUAGGAAAUAGGGUACUUGGGAUUAAGGUUUGGAUUUAAAGCUGGAAUGACUCUGGUAAUAACCACAAUGAUAAAGCAUAAAGCCAUUCCGAUUAGAAUCGAAAUUAUUAUCAUUACUAUCAUCCUUAAUGUAUUUGUUUUCUAAUGUUUCUUCCUCGAAUAGACUAAUGGUUGUGUAUGUGUGCUCAAUUAGAAACUUCAUUUUAGAUCAUAAAAAAUCACAGCGUAAAAGUGAUUGGUGCUCAGUAUUAGGAGAUUUAAAUGCCCCUAAUAUUAACUGGGAACUGAUGUCCACCGUAGUAUCCGAUAGUACAUUCGGUAGUAGGUUCCUUACGAUUGUGGUUAAUGGUGCUCUAAAACAACAUGUAUGUUAACACACAUCUUGUGGUUCAAACCACGCGUCUUUGCUGGAUUUAGUGAUCACUCGUGAAACCGAAAGUAUUACUGGUCUAAAUAUCCCCGCACAGUAGGCUAAUAGUGAUCAUAAUGGUUUGCCAUUCAGGUUCAGAGCUUGUGACAGUUGUUUCUAAGGUUCGAUCUCCCUCAAAUUUAUGGAGAAUUAACAUUUCGGUCAUGAAGGAUUACGCUGUAGUAACGGACUGGUCAUUUUAUACUAGUUCGUCAAUUGGAGAAGUGUGGUCUUUAUUGAAAAGGACACAGCUCAGUUACGUCCUUUUUUAUACUAUGGUUAAAACGUCGUGGACCUAAAAACCAUUCACCAUAGAUAACAAGAGAUCAGGAGAAAACGCCACGAUAUGUCCAUUUCUUCAGACUCUGAAUAGUUCAAAUCUACUUAUCUGAAGACUAUGAACACAGAGAGUGCUGAUAGGUAAGCCGAUAUUCUCAUAUGAUAAACAACCAGUCUGGGGUUCUCAACAUAGUUUCAAAUGGUUGUCCUCAUGUAUGAAGAGGUGAACUCAGAGAAGUAAUGGGAUAUAGUCACUUCCGUCACCCCCAAAUACCCUGGUACGGUCGAGAGUGGGUAGAGUCAGCUCUCCCUCUCGAAGUGCUCUCACAUGGCCACGUUCAUACAAACACUGCCAGGGAAGUUCUCACUGCCUCCUCGCGGCGGGGGUGUUUACGAUACUGAAAGGACAAAAAGUGAAUGUCCGGCGCUUUAACUGGGUUAGUGGGUACGGAGGAUCCACCUAGAGGAGUUGGAAAACCCUGAUUCCAAACCAAUGGUUCAUAUGGGCUCCAGGAUCCUGAAGAAACAAAUGACGUAUGGAUCUAUCCUUGUCUGCUGGAUGCUGUGGGGACUGUAUCUCUUAACGUUGCUCCACUGCCUCGUGGGUUGGAACUCUAGAUCGAAGGCUCGGGGUGUGCCCCCCUAAGAAAACCACCUACUUCGGUUUGGGUACCCGGGCAAUGUCACAGCCCUCACACAAAUCGAAUGAUUCAUGUGGCACGUAUCUAUUUGAUGCCUCCUUGUACCAAUGUUGGGUUUAAAUAAGUAAAUAAGUAAAGUUGCAGACAAAUCCACUGACAUUAGUAAGUAAUGAAAUUGAGAAAACUGAUGCCUUGUUAAAAUAUUUUAGCAGUGUUUUCUACUGACGACGGUGGAAGACCAGCAGUUAACUCCAAUAACAGUUUUCUGUCGAUGGAUUCUUUGUUUAUUAGGAAGUGAGUUCUACAAGUAAUUCAACAUCUCGAGCAGGAUAAGUCCAGUGGUUCUGGUUAUAUCUAUCCUCAAAUCAUGGGAGCCCUAGCUGAUAUAAUUGCCGAUUGACUGGCAAUACCCUUCAAUAUGUCCCUGAAGUUGUCAAAAACUACCACGAGACUGGGGAGGUACAAUCAUUAGUUCAGUCUACAAAACUGGGUACAAAUGUUUGGUCAGUAACUAUCGCCAAGUUAAUCCAAAUAAAUAGGUUGUCAAACUAAUUUAUUUAUUUAUUUGAACACAUGAAUAUUGGUACAAGAGAGCGCCAAUAUAUAUGCGCCACACUGAAUACUGGGUCUUAGAUCCUAUGUAACUGUUAAUAAGGUACAAACUACGUCACCUAGUUUUAGAUCUCGCGCUAAAACUCAGCGGCCUUUGUUUUAGAUCCGAUUGGUUCAUAAACAUAAUAUACUUCAAGUAGUACUUCACCUUAAUUUUUAUAAAAGCAAAACACUUGAUGUAAUCUGCUGUCAAGUAAAAUACAAGGGACCAAAGUUGAUGGCUGUAACAAAUUCAUUUUUCAUAAAACGUAAGUUAAGGUGUCGUUACUGAUCUAGUACAACUUUAUCGCUUUGGUUUUGAGCUAUGUAAUUGUGUGUGUAGAGAAUGAUAAUAAAACUUGUCUACUCAAAACCUGGUAUCACGUUGAAAGCCACCAAAAUCAUCCAUCUGAGCUACAAAUCUCCAUCUCAAAGUCGAAUGUUCAAACCAAUAUUUAUAUUACACUUCUAAUUAUAGGCUAUCUAAUUUAACAGCAAAUUUUUUGCUUAUAUUCUAUUAUGUCUGUUCAUUUUUCAGUAUGUUUUAGAACAUUAAACUAUAAUAAUUUGUCAUUCAAAUAUAAGCUAGACUUGCUAAAUUAUUUACUCAGUACUUACUUGUAUUUUUAGAGUAUGAAAAGUGACACAAAAAAUUUAAUUGCUGGAAGCUUGUCCGGUUUUACUGUCCGUUUUCUAACUCAACCAUUAGAUGUUAUAAAAAUUCGUUUUCAAUUACAAGUUGAAGAUAUUAAGCCCUCAGGAAAAUCAUAUUACACUGGCCUAUUACAGGCAUUCAUUCGUAUUUACAAAGAAGAAGGUGUAUAUGGUCUAUGGAAGGGUCAUGUACCAGCACAAUUUCUUUCUAUUACAUUUUGUGGAGCACAAUUUGGGAGUUUUUAUGCCAUUGAAAAUUUACUAACCAACCAAAUAAAUCUUAGCUCAUCAUCUGGAUGGGUGCAUGAUAUGAUAGCCGGUAGUGUAACUGGUCUGAUUGCGUCUACACUAAGUGAACCAUUAGAUGUUAUGAGGACACGACUUAUAGCUCAAGGUAAAAAUCAGGUUUAUUCAGGCUUCCUAUGUGGUAUGCGUCAUCUUAUUCAUGAAGAAGGAUUAUUUGGCUUAUGGCGAGGACUUGGACCAUGUCUUAUAUCAGUAGUACCACAAACAACUGUUUAUUUUACAGUUUAUGAACAAUUGAAGCGUUCUCAUAUUCUAUUGAAAUCAAAAGAGAAUAUCCCUAUGAAGCAUAAAUCCGCUUCUUUAAAUAACGAUGUUGGUCAUGAAUCAUCAUUGGAGACUGAUCACCAUCCUCAUCAACAGUUAAACUGGCAUUUUCCACUUUGGGCUGGUGGAUUCUCUGGUCUCUUAGCUAAGACAAUUGUAUAUCCUCUUGAUUUAGCUAAAAAACGUUUAGAAAUACGUGGAUUUGAAAAAGCUCGUUUAACAUUCGGUCAAUUGCCUAAAGAGAGAAAUAUAUUGAUAAUUCAUAGUACUACUGCUACUUCUACUACUACUUUAGUGAACAGAACACCAGUGGGGACAAUCGAAUGUAUUCGAUACGAAAUGACAGAGUAUCUCAAUAAAAUCUGA